ACGGGUCUUUGGAAUUUGUUUUUUUGUUUGUGUGUUUUUUUUUAAAUGGAGCCGUAUGAACCUGCGGGGCCGGGCGGCGGCAGGUCCUCCAGGCCGCCAGGGGGCGCUGCCGGCGGCUGUGGCGGGCUGAAGCGCCAACAUGGCGCAGCCGCCUCCCUUCGCCGGCCGCUUCCCGCCGCCGCCGUUCCGGCCCUUCCCGCCUCCCCCCGCUCCUUUCCCCGGCCCCACUGCCCGCCCGGGCCCCUUCGCGGCGGCGGCGCCCCCUCCCUUCCUCCUACCGCCGCUGCCGCCGGCCGGGCCUGAGGGCGACGCGGCGCCGCGCUUCCCGCCGGGCGGCGGCUCCUACUUCCCGGCGGCUCCUCCGUUCCCGCCGCGGCCGCUCGCUGAGGAGGAGGCGGCGGCGGCGCAGCGGCAGCAGGACGAGCUGUGGCUGUCGCAGUUCCUGGGCGGCUGCCGCGCCGCUCCGCAGCCACCCCCGCCGCCUCCCGCCGCCGCCAGCCCCAGCAGCGCCCGGGAGCUGGCGGUGCGGGCCCUGCGGCCGGUGGCGCGCUUGGCCGCGCUCUGCCGGGCCCUGAGGCGGCGGGAGGCCGAGGGGGACGAGUCGGGCUGGGCCGAGGUGCGGGACGAGGCGGAGGCGGCGCGGCAGGAGCUGCGGGAGAUCGUGCGGCCCCUGGGGGAGCCCGGCUACCGGGAGGCGCUGCGGAGGAAGGCGGAGAGGGCGAGGAAGAGGAGACUGCGCCUGCAGCGGAGGAAGCAAGAAGCCAAAGCGGCCAAGGAGGAGGCGGCGGCCCGGGCCGCCGAGCGGGAGGCCAAGAUCGACCAGUGGAGAGCCAAGUGCAUCCAGGAGGUGGAGGAGAAGAACCGGGAACAAGAACUUAAAGCUGCGGCUGAUAGUGUCUUGUCUGAAGUACGGAAGAAGCAAGCAGACACAAAGAGGAUGGUGGACAUCCUGCAUGCAUUAGAAAAGCUUCGGAAACUGAGAAAAGAGGCCGCUGGCAGGAAAGGUGUUUGUCCACCCCCCUCAGCAGACGAAGCAUUUGAAAAUCAGGUGGAGAGUCUCAAAACGCUGCUCAAAAAUCGCACAGAGCUGUAUGAGGCGGAGGAGAGAGCACUGAGAGUAAUGUUGGAGGGAGAACAGGAGGAGGAAAGGAAGAGAGAAAUGGAAAAGAAGCAGAAGAAGGAAAGGGAAAAACUACUGCAGCAGAAACUUGAAAUUGAUUCCAAGCUGUUUGGGGACCCAGAUGAAUUUCCUCUAGCCCAUCUAUUGCAGCCCUUCCGAGACUAUUACCUACAGGCGGAGCAUUCUGUAGCAGCUCUCAUCCAGAUCAGGCAUGAGUGGGACCAGUACUUGGUGCCAGCCGAUCACCCUGAAGGAAGCUGCAUCCCUCCAGGAUGGGUCCUUCCCAGUCUCCCCACAAAUGACACUUGGGCCACUGCUGUCAGAUAACUUAGUAAUAAAUUAUUUUAACAUUGGAGGAACGUUUCAUUAUAAUUAUCUGCAUAAAUGUCCGAAGAGGAAGUCUCAUCCUCUGUUUCAGUAGCAAGGUGCUGGAAUAUCUUGAAGAAUAAAAACUGCUUUUGCCACCAGACUCUGCGGGGAAAUACCUGAGCAAGCCCAGAGCUGCCAGACAUCUUGUGGUACAGAAUUACAAGCCUGCUGUGAGUUUUUGCUAAAAAGUCUCAGUCUCUAUAAAGAAACAUUGCCAAUAAGGGUAUUUGUGCCAGUGUUAACAUCCUAUUUUUAGUGGCUUUUAUCUUUAUAAACAUAAAUCCAGUUGAUGACAUCUCUAGAAAUAAAGAAGUUUAAAAAAUAAAAAAGAGAUCAUUAGUAAAUAUGUUUUUCUUUUAAAUGAAGCAUAUCAGGCAUCACUGUCAAAAUAGUUUCCAUAUUUUUGUGUGUAGAAACAAACCUGUUACAAGUUUAAACAAAUUCUGAAGUACAAACAAGACAAGGCUUUUCAAAGUUGAUUUAAGCAGCUGUUGACAUUUUACUGUUGUGGACUAAGACUGGUACCACAACAUGGAAAAAAUUCCCAGUUGUGGUGAAAUAGGUCAGACAGCCGUGUGAACACACAGAAAUUUGAUGAAUAAGCCUGCUGGAAAAAAACAGUAAAAUCUCAAGUCUAAGCUACUGUAAUUGGUUUUGCCUCUAUAACUAUUUUUGUGUAGGGACAGAUCAUAUAUAUAAUAUUUGAUUAAAAAACACAACUCUAUUUUGUAAAUUGUUCUUUUGUACAGAAUAAACAGACAAAAAUUGA